UUGGGAUGUGUGCCACGUCAUUACCAUGCAGUCAGUAGGAGGGGGAAAUGUGUCACGUUGGAAUACUGUCUGUCUUUGGGGUUUGGUAAGGUAUUCAUUCAUUUAAGGAGACUCCUGCCGACGUUUCAAACCUAGGCUUUUCUGGAUUUUCGUGUGCAUGCUUCACCUGAGGCCGCUGGAAUGUUGCUGGACGAGACGCCCCUAUUCGAGCCCUCCCUGCUGAAGGAGCUGGACUGGGGCAGCAGCUCCGUGUCCUUCUCCCCCCCCAUCUGCCCCUCUCAGCCCGGGGAGGGGCUGCUCCUGCGCCCCCUCUGCACAGCCGACUUCAACAAAGGAUACUACAAAGUGUUGUCUCAACUCACAGCGGCAGGGGAUGUGACCCCUGAGCAGUUUAUCAAGAACUUUGAGCACAUGAGGAAGAGUGGUGAUUACUACAUCGUAGUGGUAGAGGACACACAACUCGGACAAAUUGUUGCCACAGCAACCCUGAUCAUAGAACACAAAUUCAUCCACGGCUGUGCGAAGAGAGGGCGAGUGGAGGAGGUGGUGGUGAGCAGUACAUGCAGAGGAAAGCAGCUGGGCAAACUCUUAGUGUCAACCCUCACCCUCCUCAGUAAGAAGCUGCAGUGCUACAAAAUAACACUGGAAUGCUCGUCAACCAACGUGGACUUCUACAAGAAGUUUGGCUACUCCGUUUCUGAGGAGUCCUACAUGCAGUGCCGUUUCUUCGAGUGAACUCGGACAUCAUGACUGUGGAUUAUCGGCUGGUGUGUGUGUGUGUGUGUGUGUGUGUGUGUGUGGGGGGGGGCCUGGCACUGUCCCCUGGAAGUCCCCUUGUCCUCUCAAUUGUGCUUUUACCCACGAGACUAGCCUCCCUCGGCUAUGAGAGCAUCCCUGUCCUCAUCCUCAGGAUUCAGGACCUGGUGAAAGAAGGCAUUUUUGCCUUACAGGAAACGUUAAGUUGACACUCACUGGCAUGCAUGUGUAGGCUGUGUAGUAUUUCACCAGACUGAGGAUACAAAAAGGUCUUAAAAUUGGGAGAAAAAAAUUAAACAGUUUAGGAAAAAGAAAAAAAACAUCAAUCCAUAAAUGCUGUUAGUAGCAAAAACUUUCCAACAAAAGUAGUAUCAAUCUGAAUGCAUGUUGACAUCAUCUCAUCUCAUGUGGAUAGCCUAGUUUGGGUCUUUUCUAUGGAAAGAUGUGGAUAGCCUAGUUUGGGACUGUCUACGGAAAGUUUACAGUACUUAAAUGAAAGAACAAAACAAAAUCAAGAAGGCGCUACUGUACAUUGCCUUGAAUGUAACUUACGUGAUGAAUGUUUUGUAACUUUUCUCAGUUGUAAUAUCCAAAGACUUUUGCAAUUUAAACAAAUAUAUUAAUAUAUAUAUAUAUUGAAAUAAAAAAAACAUUUUUUUUUUCUCUUAACCUUUUGUAUUUUGUUUUUGGGUUUAUGGCAGAAGGUGUUGUCAUGGUUGAAACCAGCUGAAGUGAUCACUGGUCUUAAUAUAUUUCUUAUUGAACUUCUGGUUGAACAUCUAUCAAAUAGAUAAAAAAAAAUUGUUUCCUUUUAAAAACUAUUUUAGUAGAAUUCUUCCCUUUUUUAUGUAAAAGAACUGUAAUUUAUUAAUGUGGUGAGGGUAUCUUGAAUUAUUGUAACAGAAACAGAAGUGGAUAAACACAUUGUGGAGGGAGCACUUGAAGGAUUUUAUUUUGAAAUAUGGGGUGAUAAAAUGUCCAGGUGUUAUUAAAAGUUUAUUUAUUCAA